CUAAGAUUGGUAUUUCCUACUCAAGAUGGCGUCCAAUAAUAACUCAUUGUAAUUGGUCUCUAUUUGUUUAAGACUUUCUUUUGAAUAAAUAGUGAGUUGUGAAAAUGAUAUCUACAAUUGGAGGAUCAUUUAAUCAGACUGACUGCGGACUUUGAUAUCAUUGAUAUUUGAAGAUGAUUUAAGCGCCAAGAAUGGAAAAUAUGGAUUUCAAUGAAACAGAGACGUGUUGUGUCAUAGAUACAUUCCAUUCAAGCAGGCGUGCGAUUCUUAACAGAACAUGUAAUUACCUUUGACAAUUGAGCUCAUAUAAAUAAAAAUGUCGAGUCUUUCUGAUGUGUUCACUGAGAAAGAAAGGACGAACUGGCUGAAGGCGUGGUUGGCAGUAGACAUAGCAAAGUCUGGUUUAGAACCAUUCGUGGAAAACGAGGCUAAACUUGUACAAGCAUGUAUGUACAACACCAUCUCGUCCGGUGGACAGGCACCGGGCACAUGUAAUGGUUGUUUGACAGCGAACUUGCUUAAAUGCCCCACUCCAGGAACAUGCAAUAAACGAGGAGCACGCGGGACAUGUAAAGUUAUGCAUGAUUCCAAUGCAAAACAACCCCGGCCAUGUCCUUUAAGCAUAUGCGACAAAGUUCUAAUCGAGAUUGAAAAGGCACAUCGUUAUACAAAACCGUCGUGGAGGAAUACAUCCGCGGAUCAAUGGGCCUCCAAUUCUUGGCAAAUAGCAAAGGCUUAUUUACCUCCGGAUGGUUAUGCUGACAAGAGUUCGGUUAAAGAGACAGAUUUCAACGGAAUUAUCAGUUUUAUGAUGAACUGCAAACACUUCGAUUCCAAGUUUUCCUUUCCCAUACCUCCGGGUAAACCCAAUAAUUCAUGUCUACUAACAAAGGCACGAGAUAUUGGACGAAUUGUCCGACAUUCGUCUCAAUGUAAAGUGACAGACAGAGAUCUCCAGGAUAUCUUUACAACACUGAAUGACCUGCUGACUGACCCAAUGUGUCUCGCAAACGACGGAAGUGCACAAGAGGCUGUGAGGAAAUUAAGAGAGCUUGCAAAUGACGUAUUUAAAAUAACCACAGCGGAAAUGAUUCAACUAUUAAAGGCUGCACAAGACACUUUAAAACAAGUUGAACAUAGUUCACAUAAAACGCUUGAUGAGAUUCGGGUGUACCUUAAACGUUGUAAGAAGGAUUUAAAACAACACGUCGACACAUGUAAACAGGAAUUGGAUCAACACACCGAAAAUUGUAAAGGUGUUCUGGAUGGAUAUUAUCGAAAGCCUUACGAAUGUAAUUACGAGCAAUGUUGUGAAGGUAUGUCUGACCGUAUCUUUGUCUAACAAUCGAUUUCAGGUUUCAUAUUACAAACAAAGUGCAUCUUCAGCAGCAGCAGCACCAGCCGGAGAUAACCUUACUUAAGCAUGUGAUUCUUCGUUUAUUGCCAGGAGCAAAGAAAAGACAUACACAUACACAACAAACACACACAUACAUGAAUUUAACUUGGGUCACCGCCUUAUUACGGUUAAUGCAAGGCAUGGGGGAUAAAAUGAAUUUUAUCGAACUCAUCAAAAUGUGCAAAGUGAUAUUUAUUUAAGUGUUUUUAGAGAUAAAUACCAAAGCAAUACCUUUUUAAUUAGAUAAUACUAAAAUAAAACACCUUAAUUUAAUACCAGUUUACUAAUCAAUGGGUGGGCACAAUUCAGUCCAAUAGAAUUGUAACAUUUUGAAUCACAAUGGACAAUACUAAAAUAAGUACCAAUAACAUAAAUUUGAAUGUUUAGAUCAUCUUCAUAACAAAACGCAUGAAGAGGCCGUUAAAUGGUUGUAAAAGACCUAUUGACAUACAUGCAAGCUUGCUUGUGUAUGUUCAAACAGCAGAUAUAUGUCAGACAUGUAAUAUUUAUUUUAUUAUACCGAACAAGUGAUUAGAACUUGACUGUGUUAACCUUCAAAUCCUCCUCGCUUAUCGUUGAAAAACGUUUGCUUGCAAUAUUGCUUGUCAUUUUGUCGUCUGUUUACAACGUCAUAAAUUGCGUAAUCAAGUGAUAAGAAAUUGACUGUGUUCACCAGUGCACUUUUAUUUUUGUUAUCAAAAUAUAAAUGGUUAUUCAUUGCUUUAUUUAAAUACAAUUAUUGAAUAUUAAAAAUGUUCAUGGUUCUUAUAAAUUGUUCAUGUUUGUAAAGUUAUUCCGUAUAAUAAAAUGAAUAUUACAUGUCUGACAGGGUGACCUCUGUCAGACAUGUAAUAUUUAUUUUAUUAUACCGAACAAGUGAUAAGAAAUUGACUCUUUUAACCUUCAAAUCCUCCUCACUUAUCGUUGAAAAACGUUUGCUUGCAAGAUUGCUUGCCAUUUUGUCGUCUGUUUACAACGUCAUAAAUUGCGUAAUCAAGUGAUAAGAAAUUGACUGUGUUCACCAGUGUACUUUUAUUUUUGUUAUUAAAAUAUAAAUGGUGUAUAUUGCUGUAUUUAAAAACAAUUAUUGAAUAUUAAAAUUGUUCAUGGUUCUUAUAAAUUGUUUGAAAAGUUUGUUCGGUAUAAUAAAAUAAAUAUUACAUGUCUGACAGGGUGACAGUAAGAUUGUCAACUUUCGGAAAAAUACUGCCAACCUCGGCUUCGCCUUGGUUGACAGUAUAUCCUCAAGUUGACAAAAUUUACUGUCACCCUGUCAGCCAUGUAAUAUUUAUAU